AUGGUGUACAAACGACCCUCAUCAGAGCCUGUAGCAGUUGUCGGGAGUAGCUGCCGCUUUGCUGGAGGUGCUACCUCGCUAGCCAAGCUAUGGGAAGUCUUAUGCGAGGUUCCCGACCUCUCCCAAGAAGUGCCCCCCGGAAGGUUCAAUGCGGCAGCAUUCUAUCAUCCCGAUGGAGAAUACCACGGGACGACCAAUUCCAUUAAGGCAUACUGGUUACAGCAGGACCAUCGAGUUUUCGACACCAGUAUGUUCAAUAUUACACCCAAAGAAGCUGAGGCUAUGGAUCCUCAACAACGUAUGGUUCUCGAAGUCGUCUAUGAAGCAAUGGAGUCAGCUGGGUAUACGCUGGACGUAUACUAUGGGAAGAACGUAUCCGUCUUCUCAGGUGUAAUGACUGGAGACCAUGACGUGCUAUCUCAGCGCGACGAACUUUCAACAAGCCAAUAUUACGCCACUGGUAAUGCCCGUUCGAUUAUAUCGAACCGAAUUUCGUAUUUCUUCAACUUCCAGGGUCCAUCUAUGACGAUAGAUACUGCUUGUAGCUCAAGCCUCGUGGCUCUCCAUCAAGCCAUGUUGAGUUUACGGUCUGGCGAGAGUACUAUGGCAUGUGUAACGGGUGUGAACUUGAUGUUAACACCAGAACAGUUCCUCGUGGAAUCCAGUUUACACAUGCUCAGCCCAACAGGAAAGAGCCGAAUGUGGGACGCCUCCGCCGACGGCUAUGCACGGGGAGAGGGUGUCGCAGCAAUACUCCUCAAGCCCCUAUCCCAGGCCUUGGCAGACGGUGACCAAAUCAUGGCAAUUAUCCGAGAUACUGGAGUCAACUCGGACGGGCGAACGAAGGGAAUAACUUUGCCCAACCCCGACGCCCAGUCUUCUCUCAUUAAAGAGACUUAUAAGAAGGCCGGGUUAGACUCCAUAAACCCCGAGGACCAGUGCCAGUAUUUCGAGGCUCACGGUACUGGUACACCCGCAGGUGACCCCAGAGAGGCAGAAGCAAUCUGCAAUGCCUUUUUUGAUCCAAGCACGCGUGCUGCCUCGUCGGCUAAUACCAAUGAAAUUAUGGUCGGAUCCUGCAAGACGGUGCUUGGGCAUACCGAGGGCGCUGCUGGCUUAGCCGGGUUGCUCAAGGUCAUACAGGCAAUGAGGCACGGAUCAGUACCCCCAAAUUUACAUUUUACUUCCAUAAAUCCUAAUGUCAAGCCGUUCUACACGGGCCUGAAGAUUCCCACAUCUCUUGUUCCUUGGCCGCAACCUCCCGCAGGCCAGCCAAAAAGAGCGAGCAUCAACUCAUUCGGUUUCGGAGGUGCCAACGCCCACGUUAUUGUUGAAUCUUAUGAGCCGCACAUUCACGAUUCUAUCUAUCAGCAGCGCCAGAAAAAGGAGAAGGAAGAAAGUUUCCAACACCAAUGCGUGGACGACAAGACUUCGUUAUACCUACCCCUUCUUCUAUCAGCUUCCUCGCAAGUAUCACUGCGGGCCGUCGUUUCGUCUUAUAGAGAAUACCUCUUGCAGCAUCCGCACGUCGGCCAUGAUCAGUUGGCAUGGGCUGUGUUCUCUCGUCGAACAGCCCUCCCUUACCGUCUUGCUGUAUCGGCAAGCUCAAGGUCUCAAACUCUCGAAGCUUUCGAGAAGAUACUAGGCGAGUCCUCAUCUUCGAGUAACGUAGGAAGCCGAAAUAAGGCUGUGAAUGGGCGACCUAAGAUCCUUGGGAUAUUUACCGGUCAAGGUGCCCAAUGGGCUACGAUGUCAAGUUCAUUGUUCCGCAACAACGAGAUAUAUCGCAAUACCAUCCGCGGCCUCGACCAAGUCCUGAGAUCUUCUUCUCAGCCACCGGACUGGACUUUAGAAGGGCAGAUCUUGGCAGAGGGUGGCGCGUCUCUAGUCAAUAUUGCGGCCGUAUCCCAGCCUCUCUGCACUGCCGUACAAAUAGGACUGGUCGAUCUACUCAAGAGUCUGAACAUUUGCUUUCAUACCGUCAUUGGGCAUUCAUCAGGAGAAAUCGCGGCAGCCUAUGUAGCGGGGAGAAUAUCAGCAAGAGAUGCGAUUCUAAUCUCAUAUUAUCGUGGCCAUUUGGCGCGUCUCGCUAGUAGUCCCGAAGGUCGAAAGGGUGGUAUGCUCGCAACAGGAAUCUCGGAGAAAGAGGCGUUCAAGUUUUGCGAGGCGCCGAUAUUCGACGGUAGACUACAUGUCGCUGCGAGUAACUCGCCGUCUAGCGUCACACUUUCAGGAGACCUAGAUACAAUCCAGAAAGCUCACGAGGAGCUCACGAAGGAAAGGAAAUUCUCAAGGAUACUCGUAGUCGAUUCGGCCUAUCACUCUCCUCAUAUGAUUAAGCCUGCAGCCGAGUAUAUUAAGGCCUUGCAAGCUAGUGACAUCAGAUUAAAUAGUCAAGGUAACGAAACAGUCUGGGUGUCUAGCGUCCAUGGGCGCACCAUGAAUGAAGAUGAAGAGCUGGGUGCUGAAUACUGGAGAGAUAAUAUGGUUAAUAUGGUGCGAUUCCAUGACGCUGUUGUGAAUGCCAUCUCACAGCAUGGUCCGUUUGAUUGCGCUUUAGAAGUCGGUCCUCAUCCAGCUCUCAAAGGACCUUUCACCCAGACUGCCAAAUCUCUCGGACACGAGCUUCAAUAUUCAAGCCCCCUGGAUCGAACCAAGGAUGAUACCCUAGCAUUUUCCGACUUCCUCGGGUUUCUCUGGUCCCAUUACGGCCCCAAAGAGAUCAACCUUGACAGGUAUAUUGAACAGGCUCUUAGCCCCAUCGACCUAAACAGCCGGAUUGCUGACUUACCGACGUAUCCGUGGGACCACUCCCAAUUACAUUAUCGGGAGUCGCGGAUCUCUCGUCAGUUCCACUUCAAAACGGCACCUCCUCAUGAGUUGCUUGGUGUUCGUACCAGAGACGACAAUGAGCACGAGAUGCGGUGGCGAAAUCUGCUGAAGGCGGAUAAAUUAUCUUGGGUUGAGCAUCAUAGUUUCCAAGGUCAUGCCCUCUUGCCUGCGUCGGCGUAUUGCAUCAUGGCUCUCGACGCGGCUCGAUGUCUGAUAAAGACGGAGUCUGUGUCAUUGGUGGAGCUUCGGGACAUGCAGAUUGUGAGCGGGAUAAACAUCGAGCGAGAUUUCAUGGGUACUGAGGUCUUGUUUACGCUCGCCGUACUUCCGCAGAGCGAAGGUUACGAUAAAAACGCUUCGAUUGAAGCUGACUUCACAUUAGCAUCUUGUCCCGCUGAUGGGACGACGGCUAUGAGAAAGAACAUGACAGGACGUCUACAGAUUUAUCUAGGAGAACCUACGCUGGAUGCGUUACCGCCCCGAAGCGGUUCCGAGGCCGAGACAUUUCCUACGACCCCUGAGGCAUUUUAUAAAAUGAUGGAAGAAACGGGAUUGACUUACACUGGUCCUUUCCGUGCCUUGGAUUCCAUUCGCCGCCGCUACAAUUAUUGUUCUGCUACUUUAAAGCGUUGGCACCCGGAAGAUUCGACCACUUUGCAGAUCAGUCCUGCUACUCUUGAUAGCUGUUUUCAAUCGGCAUUCUUGACAUACGCAUUCCCUGGAGAUAAAUCCCUCUGGACAUCUUUUCUACCGAUACGCAUCGAUCGAAUAAGAUUUAAUUUCGCAGCGAGGAAAGGGGAUAAUCUAACAGUGGACACUCACAUGGUCGAUAUCCAACCUACCACGAUAGAUUCCAAAACAACAUUCUUCAUCGACAUGGACAUAUCCAACGAGGAUGGGGAUAUGGAGAUACAAGUUGAGGGACUGGCUGUUGCUGCGUUGGCUCACACCUUACCCAAAAACGACUAUGAAUUAUAUCUCAACACCGUCUUCGACAUCGACCCAACAGACGAAAUCGUGUUAGGAGACUUUUCAUCUGACACCACGAUCGAUCCAGCCCUCAUAGAAGACUGCGCACGAGUCGCUACGUUCUUUGUCAGAAGCAAUCCAGACCCCGAAGGCCUCUCGCCAGAUCUAAGCCUGUAUUAUGAAAAACUGGCUAGUUGGUAUCCUGGAGUUUUGGGGACGGUAGGUGAUGAUUCCUGGCGCUUCGACACCGAGGAAAUUAUCGACAGUCUUAUACAAAGACCAGAUUGUUAUGAUCGCCUGAGCUUGAUUCGUGAAUUAGGCAGCUAUCAGCCAGACUUCGUUGCCAGUGUCCUACGUACUUUGAUCGAGGAGACGCAUCACCUAUCCUUCACUAGUCGCCAUGCGGGCCGUAUCGCAAAACAGAUCGCCCAUCGGCACCCUCAAAUGGACAUACUCGGUCUGGCUGGGUCUGAAUCUGAACUUCUUACUGAAGUUUUAUGCGCAAUAGGAUCUGCGUUCUCUUCCUUUACCGUCGGCACUGGCACGCUGCGGUAUCCGAAUCAGGAGAUUUCAGCGGAGGAAGGCUCGAGAAAGAUAAUUAUUCCAGCGCCGUUAGAUCUCGCCAAAGACUUAAAAGAUCAGCUAGGGCAUGCAAACCUGUACGAUCUCGUCUUACUGUCGGCGUCAGAGCUUGAGGAUAUAUAUAGUUCCAAAACGCUCAAAUGCCUGCGUGAAAUAAUGAGGCUGGGAGGCUUCUUGAUAGUAGUUCAAUCUUUGAGGAGUCCAACGAAGUCCCGAUUGCUACGACAUCCCAAGGAUCAAUAUGAUGAAACCAGAGCGCCGACACCGCCUCAGUGGCCCGAUGUCCUCGACACGUAUGGCUUCAUCCAGGUUGCGAAGAACUGCGACCAGUCGUACUUUGCCGGUUAUUCCGUCAUGGUACGGCAACUGAAUAGCCCAGAACUGAUGUUACUCAAACAGCCAUCCUUAAAUGUAGACAAUCUCAUAACCGAUCAUCUGCUUAUCAUCGGUGGUAAAGAUGCCCCAAACAAUGGCCUAGUUCAUCAGCUGAAUCAACGACUCUCGAACCUAUGUCGGAAAUUUACCGUACGAGCCACGUUCGACGAAGUCGAUUCUAGAGCUCUGAAUACCUGCACCGCUGCAAUUGUUCUAGCAGACCUUGACCAACCGCUGAUGACAAAUAUGACACAGAGAAGGUUGGAUCAACUGCGCGAUCUCUUGCGGCCGAGCAUGAAAAUACUCUGGCUCACCUUCCGGGCAUUGACAGGGAAUCCGGAUAACGCAGCCACCUUCGGAUUCACGCGCACGGUAUCGGCCGAAGUUCCCAGCCUCGUGCUACGGAUGCUUGAUCUAGAAGAGAUCGAGAGUUCUGGAGAUCUCGUGGCGGACCACUUCAUCUGUUUAAUGGGAACUAGAAAGAGUGAGAGCAACACGCUAUGGACGGACGAGCGCGAAAUCCACAUCAAGGAUGGACGACGACUAAUCCCCCGUAUUCUACCCUUACAGCAGUCGAAUGAUAGCGUCAACUCUUUCCGACGAGUAGUCUCAAAUCAGAUAAACUCACUCAGAAAACCUGUUGAAGUUAUCCCAUAUCUCAACUCAGAUCGCUUGAUUCGAUACGAAGCCAGGAGUGCGAUUUCUAGUUCUUGGGGCAAUUCAACCGAUCAAGUCCAGAUUUAUGUAGAUUACAGCUCCGUGAAAGAGCUGGGUCUCGAAAUUGAAGGGUACAAAGGGACCGACGAAUCAUACCCGGCCUAUAUAUGUUUUGGCAUCAAUUGCUCCACCGGCGAAGGGGUCAUGGCAAUAUCCACGAACAUUGCUUCAUGUCUCUCCUUACCAAGGGAACAAGUAUAUCCUAUUAGCUCGGGUUCUAAUAUCGGCCUGCCUUUGAUAUCUCUUACUAUGAGAUACAUUGUAGCCGAGAUAAUUGCGAGUCAAGCGGCUGGCCAACCAAUUAUCCUGAUUGACUCGGAUCCCGUACUCAUCGAAUGCGUAGUAGAAUGCGUCUUUGGCGAACGGGAGAGCUAUGUCGUCCCGUACUCUACUAUUCCUAUUGGGGAAGGUACUAGAGACGCCUCCAAACUUUUGCAUAUACGUGCAUCGACUAGAGAUAUCAAGGCCAUCUUCCCACCUGGGGGGGCGGUCAUCUUCGAUUUCCAACCGGAAAAGCACGUGAGGCUGUCAAGGCAAAUCCGGGACUUGCUCCCAGCUAACUGCAAGCACUAUUCUCGCUCCUCGCUAUUCAGUGUGGGCGAUACGCGAAAUGUCCAAGGCUAUCGUGGAAAGACGAGUUGGAAAAGAGCCGUAUCGAAGGCAUUGAAGUCAGAUCUCGCCAGCUCACGAACGCAUGUCGAAUUUGACACAUCCUCUUUACCGAACCUGUUAUUAGAUACCGAACCAUCGUCGUCCCCCUUCCGCUUGAUUGACUGGAGAGCUGAUAGAAAUGUGACGUGUACCACAAAGCAUCAAACAGAAAAGAAACUCUUCCGUUCAGACAGGACAUAUUUACUGGUCGGGACAACAAAGGACUUCGGUCAGAGUUUGUGCUAUCUGCUUGUCGAGCACGGCGCCCGCAACAUCGUAUUGGCUAGUCGAAACCCGAAGAUGGAUCCCAGAUGGAUCGGGGAGUUGUCAAACGCAUACGGCGCAAAUAUCGGGAUACGCAAAUGCGACGUUACGGACAUCGCUAGUGUGGAAUCGCUAAAGAAGGGCCUACAUGAAUCCAUGCCAUCCGUCGCCGGAAUUGUCAACGGAGCCAUGGUUCUCGACGAUCGCGUCUUCGCGCAGAUGGACUUGGAUACUUGGGAACGGGUCUUGCGACCCAAAACCGUAGGAUCGCAGAACCUCGACACUGCAUUCCGCGACUCAAAUCUAGAGUUCUUCAUCAUGACUUCAUCCUUUGCAGCCAUCGGCGGCCACCCGGGCCAAGCUAACUACGCUGCUGCUAACAUGUACAUGAACGGGUUGGCAGGCGUGCGACGAUCUCGCGGUCAAGCAGCGUCGGUGCUGAAUAUUGGGGUCAUUUAUGGUCUCGGUUUCCUUUUGAGAGAGAAAGAAGAACUCUACGCCGGUCUGGAGCGCGAGGGAUACCCGCCUAUCUCAGAGCGUGAUAUCCACCACAUGUUUCUGGAAGCGGUCGCCGCCGGCCAUCCUGGAGGGGAGUCGAAGCCAGGACCACCCAUCGACAUCACCACCGGUUUACGAAGAUUUGAUCCAGCUGACCAAAAUCCUUUGCAUUGGCAUCAAGACCCGCGAUUCAGCCAUUAUAGCCGUCAAGACAGCGAAGACUCGAGUACGGUGACCGAGGGCACAAGGAGAAAUCUCAAAGAUAACAUAGAGGCGCUGAUGGAACCUACCGCCAUCGCGCAGCUCAUCUUAGAGGAGUUUACGGAGAGGUUGCAUACGCUUCUCCAACUACCCAAGGAGGCCAUCCACGCAGUCCAAACGCUGUCCGAAUUAGGCGUUGAUUCGCUUGCCGCAGUAGAAGUCCGGGCGUGGGUUUUUAAGACGAUCGGAAAAGACGUCUCGGUGAUCAAACUACUCGGUAGUAUUAGUAUACAGAAAUUGUGCGCGGACCUGGCCGAGGAGAUAAUAAGCGAUCGCGAGAACUUGUGUAAGAAUGACAGCACGCAAUAG